UAUAGGUUUAAACAUAUUUCCCUUCUCCUUUACUUUAGAUCUACUUAUUUUCAUCCUAUCGUUUCGAACAAGUUUCAAGCCUCGGUUCAUGCAGUUUUAUAGGAAUAAUCCUCUUAUGGUUAUUUUAACUAUCAACAUCUUAUCGAAAAGGAAAGUCUGUACGAGGGAUUGAUAAUGGAAUUGUCUACGAGCUCACGACCUAGAGGUGUAGUGAGUACCCCGUCACACGAAACAAAAUUAAGGAUAUGGUCAUCUCUCAUCCACACCUUAUCUUUACUAAGCUGAAACAGCGGAAGUUCCCAGAUCUUUCAUACAGGUAUCCUCCGCCAGCGAUGAAGUUUCUCCAGGUACUGCAGCUUCCUUCUCCGUCGGGGAUGUCCUCAGAGCCUGCAAUGGUCCAGGGGGAUGAUUGGCGGAACCCAGCAGACCACCGACUGCGAUUCCUGGUACGAGUGAACCGUACCCUCGAGCCUCCAGGUUUAAAAAACAGCCCAAAAAUCCAGUUCCAAUCCAGGCCUUCGCUCGUCUUCUUCACGGCCUUUCCUAUCCUCUUCCGCUUUUUAACCUUUUUCUUGACGACACAGUCGAAGGUGGGUUGA